AUGGCCGCAUUCAUUGCGCUCUUGCUCCUGGCACAGUUUAGUUGCUUGGCCCAUGGCCUCCACAACACCACCACCAGAGAUCACAGUAAACACAUCAGCCUCAACCACCCCUCCAGCUUCAACCCUGCAAUCCUCUACAACACUGCCAGCAUCAACAAGAGUGGCACAGAGCUCGCUGCCUCCUGUGACCACCGGCACUCCAAUCACAACGCUGCCACCUGCGACCACCGGCGCUCCAAUCACAACGCUGCCACCUGUGACCACCGGCGCUCCACUCACAACGCUGCCACCUGCGACAACACCUUUGAGCUGCCCCGGCACAACGACCAGCGCACCAAUAAACUUAGUUGGGGACGUGGAUCCAACUUUGACCUCAAGUUUGCAGCCUACUUGUACGCUUGGGAUGCAACAAAGCCGGGGCCGACGGGGCCGCAGCUGUAUGCGAGCGACCCCAGAUCUCUUUCCACUCCCCUUGGGGAAGUGGUCACCUUCAACGUGCCAGGCUGCCUCACCCUUACUGGCAGCACCGAGUACGUUGCUUUCCUCAGCAGCGCUGGUUUCUGGCCGGGCGGCAGUCAGAAAGUCACCUUGAUCGAUUCAUCGUCCACCACACUCGCUGGCUCUAGAAGGAUCUCCUCUACCACGGCAAGCAAUAGCACUGCGACCUUCCAGACCACGGACAUGUGGGCCGCACAACCGGCGCCACCUCUCGGAAAAAACAUCGCGCUCAGCGUGACUUACUACUGA